AUGGCAAAAAAGAAAAAGCAGGAAUCUUCUUCACCUGCCACUAAACCAUCAGAAUCAUCUUCACUCAGCAAGACCCUUCUCAUUGUUUCCUUCCUUAUCCUAAUCCUUUCCAUUGCACUUCUCUACAAGGCGAAUCUGUUUUCUCCUGAUGGUGGUAGUAGUACAAUACUGAGUAAACUCUUUUCUCUUGGACAUGGAAGUGCUCGUUUCUAUCCAACUCUCGGAGCAAAGAGUAAAUUUCCAGCUCCAAUCACUUCAACUCCUGCCUAUUUGAAUUAUGCAAAGAAAUUGAACGAAACUAUUGGAAAGGACAAGAAAAAGAAGAAUAGGGUUCAUAUUGGAAUUUUUGAUGAGCACAAUUAUGCAUUGUUUUUCUGGGUGAGAGCUCACAAGUUGGGUCUCAUUCCUAGAAUUAAAUAUGAUGGUGAGAAGGCAAAUUCUAAUGAAUAUAAUUUACAAUAUCAAGGAUUACCUUUGCUUCAUAUUGAUUCUCACUCUGAUGCUCAAAUUCCACAACAUUAUUUCAAUUUUAAGAAAUUUAGAGAUAUUAUUGAAAAUCCUUCAAAUUAUGAAAGAGUGCAAUAUGUUAAUUCAAAGAAUCAAACCAAAUUUAGACAUGUCUUUAAUGAUACACAUUUGAGUGAAUUAUUGGAAGCUACAUCUAUUGGAGAUUUCAUUCCUGUUGGACAAUAUUUGGGAUUGGUUAGUCCAAAGGUAGUAUGGCUUCAAAGUGACUUUGAGGGAGGUGGAUACAAUUUUGGACAAGGUCGUUUCAAUGCCGAGUUGGGAGUGAGAAAGUCAGCAGUUUUGAAGGGAUCUCAAUCUAUUGAAGAUAUUAGACAAACAGACACAGUUGACCCAGAAACUACCUACUUGUGUUAUAGAAAAUCAGAUGGGUACAAAUGGACAAGAAAAAUCAAUAGAAAUGGCAAAAAAACUGUAACAAAGAGAUUGGGCAAUAUUUCACAAAUUGCUAAAGCAGGUGUAUGCUCUCCCUAUGAAGAAUUCAAUCAACCAGAGAAGGAAACUAUUCCAAUUCAAUGGGAUGUAUUUAGAAUGAAAUCUCUAUUCAAUAGAACAACUGGAGAAAUCAACAAGAAUGCUCAAUUUUUCAACUCUACAUCUUAUUUGCUUGACAUUGAUUUGGACUACUUUUCAACAGAUGAUGAAAUGCUUUUUAACAUGGUUCCAAGAAAACAAUACGCUCCCCUGUUCAAAGUAUUUGCAGAAAUGGUAGAGGAAGAUAAGAUUUUGUGCUAUGGUAAGAAUGUAUUGCCAGAAACCAAGCAUAUGAACAAUACAGAGGAAAUCAAAAAGUUUAACAGAAAGAGAAUGUCAGACUUCUUGCAUGAAAUGUUUUUCAAAGGAGUCUUGUUUGAUGAGAAUGCCAUGUUCACAAAACAACCUGUUCAGUCAAUAAGAUUCGAUGAAGAGUCAGUAUUUACAAAGGAAUUGUUAAAUAUGUGGUGCGAGGGAAAGCUGUUUGCUUUACAACAUCUCUAUGAGUUAUCCAAGUUUAUUGUCUUGUUUUUGGAGAGUAUUAAUUAUUUCCAUUUAUCUUUAUUACAAAUGAAUUAUAGAUUCCCAACAGUUGAAAAGUAUUGUAAUGUCAAUCAAAUGUUUGGAGUUUGUCCAAGUGGUUUACCUUCCAAGUACUUGACAAAGGAUCAAAUCGUAGAUGAAAUGAACAAGCUUGAAAGAAUCAUUGUCGCUCAAGAAAAAUUACCGGCCUAUGUCACAAUUUCCAGAUCAGUCGAUGCCUAUCUUCCAAGAGUGUUGCAUCACUUUAUCGAGACUGAAACAUUGAAAAUGUUAGACAGAGCAUUCCAUACCAUUUCACCAAAUGUUACUGUCGAUACGAAAUACUUUGCUGGUUAUGAUGCAACAAGUUCUGUAUAUGAAAAUGAUGCAAGAAUCGAGUUUUUCGACAGGACUGAAAGAGAAGCUUCAUUUAUCCGUAAGGCUCUCAAGGAUAUGAAUGAGCCAGUUGGAAUUUUCAUUCCUGCUGUAAACUACAAGUUAUUCAAUAUGGCAUUAAUGACUGAAUUUUUGGAAUCUCAUGGUAUUAGUAUGGAUGACUUUGUACAGGAUCUUUCACUUUUGAAGGAAUUUUUAAAGUGGAAGAUGACUCACGCUCGUGGCAUAUCAUUUUCUGGAUUGAAAUCUCAAAAGCCUCAAAACGUACCACCAGUUGGCUAUACAGUACCUCAAAAGAGACCAAGAUUGUGUAUGGUUAUUGUAAAGGACAACUCUACAGAAAACGAAUCACAAUUUGAUAAUGUGAAUUGUUGGGUAAAACAAUUGAAUGAAACAUUCGAUAGAGAGUUGGUUCUCGAUGUAAAUAUCAUUAAUGCCAACACUGAGAAUGUCACCUAUGUUGAAAAAUUGAAUCUAGUUAAGGAUCACUAUAGCAAUUUAUUCCCAACCUACUUUAAAUCACUCAAUCUCACACUUGAUGAGAAGAAACCAUUGACCAUCAUUGUUGAUCCGUCAUGCAUUACAUUCGACUUGUCCAUUCAAGUGAAGAAUAAGAAGAGGAAAAAGUACAUUAAUUUGGAAGAUUCACCACUUCAUCAAAAAUAUUCUGGAAAGGAAAAGAUUUCAUUUUCUCAAUCUAUUGAUGAAGUAAUCUCUCACUUGAAAUCCCUCGCAAAGGAUGGUACAGAAGUGAUAUCCAAAGAGGAAAAUAAGAUUGAGGACAAGAUGGCCUACAUUGAAGCUCAAAAAGAAAAAUUCAACAAACAAAAGGUCAAACACAUGUACUCUCUCAUUUCAUUGAUGGCAGAACGAUCCAAUACUCGUUGUCUCAAGAAAAAGGCAAAGCAAAGCAAGCAACAAAAGAAGGGUGCUUCAUCGAGCGCAUCUCCUUCUGUACCAUCGUCGGUUGGUGGUAGCAAGAAGAGAAAAAAGGAUGAAUCAUCCGAUGAGGAUGAAGACUUUGAAUUCAUUGAUGAAGAAGAGGAAAAACCAAAGAAAAAGCAACCAGCAAAAAAGACUACAGCAAAAAAGAAGAAAAAGAAAGAAUCCGAUGAUGAGGAAGAAUUGGAGGAAAAUACUAUUAGAACUUCAAAAUUUACUGGUAUUAAAAAGAAGAAAGAAAAAGAAAAGGAUAGAUUUCCAUUUCUUACCAAUAGAUUAGAUGAUAAGAGAAGGCCAGAAAGUGAUCCUGAUUUUGACAAGUCAACUUUGUACAUUUCAACUGGUGAUAUGAGUAAUUUAACACCAAUGGAACAACAGUACUGGGCAACAAAGAAAAACCAUAUGGACAAACUUGUGUUUUUCAAAAAGGGAAAAUUCUAUGAAUUGUAUGAGGAAGAUGCUGAUAUAGCAAAGAAGGAGUUUGAUUUAAAGAUAACUGAAAGAAUUAACAUGAGAAUGGCUGGUGUACCAGAAAGUUCCUUUCUGAAUUAUGCUAAAAAGUUUAUCAGUUUAGGAUAUGAUUGCUUGCGUGUUGAACAAACAGAAACAGUUGAAGAAAGAAACGAAAGAAAAAAGGAAAAGAAGACUGCAUCCAGUUGUGUUGGAAGAGAAAUUUGUGACAUUACCACUAUUGCUACUAUUACCGAUUUGGAUUUCAUAUCAGACAACGGUAAUCAGUACUUGCUAUGUGUAAAGGAGGACAUUAUGCAUGCUAGAUACGGUAUUACAUUCUUGGACAUUUCUAUGGAUGCUUUCUAUAUUGGAUUCAUUGAAGAUGACACUCACAGAAAUCAAUUCAAUACACUCAUUCACACCAUCAACCCAAGCGAAAUAAUUAUUGAAAAGGGGCAAACUUCUGUUCAAACUAAAAAGAAUAUUGAUAACAAAAGGGUUGUGAUUAGAGAAAAGAAGACUUGUAAUGAGCUUGCUCAAAAAGAAUUCACUGGUUUUCCAACAGCAGAUGUAACAAAAUAUUUUCUUGAAGAUCUGCCUCAUAUUUCAGAGGAUGCAAUUGUUAAACAAUUCUUGGAUAAUGACCUUGUUAUGUCUAGUUUUGGUGCGGCCUUAUUUUACUUGAAAUACUUGAGAAAAGAAGAUGUACUUUUAUCUAAAACGAUCAAAUUUUCAUUAUAUGACGGGAAAAUGGAUACAGGUCAUUUGAUUCUAGAUGGACAAACUCUCACUAAUUUGGAUGUCAAAGUAAAUUCUAAUACUGGAACAAAGGAAGGUACUUUAUUGAGUUUGGUUGACAAUACAGUCACAGCUAUGGGAAGAAGAAUGUUGGAAAAUUGGUUAACAAGACCUUUGAAGAAUUCUGAAGAAAUUAAUGAUAGAUAUGAUGCUAUUGAGGAUAUAAUGUCUAUAAUAGAAGAACCUCAAUCUAUUAGAGAUCAACUCUCAAAUAUAAAGGAUCUGGAAAGAUGUCUUCAUUGUUUGUAUAGAGAAUCCAGAAAGGUACAAAAAGAAAUUGCUUUUGAUACCAGUACAAGCAAAAGAAGGGUAAAACCAUAUUUACACGCAUUAGAGAGUUUGAGAGCUGGAGUAAUCAUUGUUCAAGGAUUGCAAAAGUAUGCAGAAUCUGUGAAUUCUAGCAUUUUGAAAAGAGUAAUUAAUAUUGAUAACCUUGAUGAAAUUGAUAAUGUUUUAAGUACUUUUGAAAACCAAAUUGAUCAGCAAAAGGCCUUGUCGGAGGGUAUUGUAGAACGUAUAGAUGGUUCUUUGGGUCCAGAAUAUGAAAAGUAUUUAGAAGAGGUUGCAGAGAUUGACAAGGAAGUUCAGGAUUUUAUUGCAAAAGUUAAAGAAGAGGUUCCCUCUGCCAAAAUGAAAAUUGAUAAAGGAAAUACUAAAAUAGUUAAACAAUGGACGAUUGAAACUGAGGUAAAGGUUGAACUUGAUAAUAUGCCGGAUGGAUUCAAGAGUGAAAAGAAGAACCAAAAAACUCGUAAAUGGAGCCAUCCAUUCCUUGAUAAGAAAUUAACAGAAAGCAAACUCCGUCAAACAAAGAUGGAUGAUAUUAGAGAGAACCAGUACAGAGAAAUCCUCAAUGAAUUUUCAACAUACGACCAAUAUUGGAAGACUAUUAUGAGAUCAAUUUCAGAAUUAGAUUGUCUCCUCUCUCUUUAUACAACAAGUAGUCAAGAGGGCUAUUGUAGACCAGUGAUUCUUCCUUUUAAAAACAAACCAGUACUAAAAGUAACUAAGAUGAGACACCCAACUGUUAGAACAACCAGUGGAUUUAUUCCUAAUGACAUUUUUAUGGGGGCUGACGAUGCAACCACUUUGCUGGUUACUGGACCAAAUAUGGGUGGUAAAUCAACAAUUCUCAGAUCAUCAUGUAUUGCUGUUAUUAUGGCACAAAUUGGUUGCUUUGUUCCAGCAGAGGCUUGUGAAUUGACUCUUAUUGAUAGAAUAUUCACAAGAAUUGGUGCUAAUGACAGAAUUCUUGCUGGUGAAUCAACAUUUAUGGUUGAAUUAUUGGAAACUUCCAAUAUUGUUAGAAAUGCAACUUCUCGUUCUCUUGUCAUUCUAGAUGAAUUGGGAAGAGGUACAUCUACACACGAUGGUUAUGCAAUUGCUAAUUCUGUUGCUCAGUACAUGGCUGAUGUUGUUGGAUGUUUGUGUAUGUUUAGCACUCACUAUUAUGAGCUCACUGAAGAGUUGAAGCAUCAUCCAAGUAUUGACUUUUAUCAAAUGGAAUGCGAAGUUGAAAAGGACGAAACAGGAAGAAUUACUGAUGUUAUUUUCCUUUACCAAUUUGCAAGAGGUGUUUGCGAAAAGAGUUAUGGUAUUCAAGUUGCCAAGAAAGCAGGUGUUCCACAAAGUAUUGUAGAUAGGGCUUCUGUUGUAGCUGAAGAAUUUGAAAAAAUAAUGAGAGUCCAUAGACCAAUUACAUAUGAUAAUCUCAAACCUGAGCAAAUGGAAUAUUAUGAAAACCUUGUUGCAACAGCACUUGAUAUUUCUGAAAGAAAUGAAAUGGAUGAAAGCGAAAAGGAAAUGAUUGUUGGAAUACUCGCAGAAUAUCAACAAAAGAUUCUAUCAUCCUACUCUGACUUUGCAAACCUACUCGAGCAUAAUUAAUUGUAAAUAACAUAUCUAUUUAUUGU